CGGAAAAUGACUGUUCAUAACAUAUAAAUAGAGAAAACAUGAAUAGAAACAAAUAUAUAUAUAUAUAUAUAGCAAACAUCACGUACUACACGAAAAUGUGUGAACUAAUAAUGAUAGUUAACAGUGCACACACACGCGCGCGCGCACGCACACACACACGCACACACACACACAGAUGCUCGUUCUCGAUCGGCGGCUGAAGCGGACGGUGAUCUCGUCAUCCUGAGGUCGUCUCGCGCACCGGUGUGAUGGCGACCGCACGCGCGCCGUUAUUCCGCGCAUCUGUCCGUCGUGUCUGAAUAUAUAAAGCCGUUAGAUCAGACAUGUCACGCCGUCAGGGAUCGGAUCUCGUCCGCUGCUGUGCUCUUCUGAUGUUUGUCAGCACCGGGAGUCUAGCUUUACCGAACCGGACCAGCGCCGUCCGUUCUUCGCAAUAUGAAACCGCCGACAGUGAUAAUAUGAACACAGACACUCUGGGAAUCAAUAAAUCAAACAUCGAGCUGAUACCAAAGCUACAGGACGACAGCAGUACUGCGAGCGCGAGGCCCGCUUUGGGCUCCGAGGGUGAAAUUGGGCCACUGUGCGCGUACCGCACCCUGAGCGCGGGUGACCCGGGGCGUCUGUGUUUUCGGUACACGCUGUCCGACUUUAGAUGCCCCGCCUCUUCGUGUCGACAGGUGAGGUCACCGGACGGGCAACUCACAGCCAAUAUUCUGUCCAACAGCAGCGUGUUCAUUCAGUGGACCGUCCCGGGUCACGCGCCCCAGGACUCUAGCUCCCCACCAAAGAGCCUCACGCCGGUGCGACGGGGUCAGACGGGCGGCUUCAGGCUCAGCUGCUGGUGGAACGGCAGCUACACGCAGUUUGAAUGCGCCGGGGUGCACUUAGGCAGCAGCUGCAGGGAUUAUUUACUCAAUGAACUCCACGCGGACGUGCACUACCGCCUCUGCGUGCGGCCCUACGCCUCCGACCGGCCCGAAGCCUGCGUGGAGUUCAGCCUCGCGCCCAACGGGAUGCAGGACAUCGUCAUCGCCAUGACAACAGUGGGCGGGGCCAUCUGCGUGAUGCUGGUCAUCAUCUGUCUCCUGGUGGCGUACAUCACAGAAAACAUCAUGAAUCCACAACACACGCUCAGCGCGCAGCACUCGCACAGAUCACACUUACACACACACCUGUGAAACACACAAACACACACACACUCGUGUCCAGAGCUCAGGAUCAGACAUGAAAUGCAGGAUUCAUGUAAAACUGCUACACUGUUCCUGAGGUGCUCGUCCUCAACACAUCACCUACACAAACGUACAGGCUGUGUUCAGAAAGCAGAAUGUUUAAUUAAUACUGCGCAGUGAAGCAUUCCACUUUAAUCAUUAAUCUCCUCGUUUUAUCUUGUGGCUUAUUUUGCAUUUUUAACCUUCAUCUUUGUUUACACAAAAUUACAGUGUAAUGUUCUUAUCUUUACGUGUCUUGAGGUCAAAUGACGUCAAACUGACAUUUCCAGAGACACAAAGGCACUUGAUUUUUUGGCUGAGAAAAUGGCGGAUAUGAGGUUUGUUCUUUGCACUGGAAAUGAGAAACUAUUACACACGGCACAUUUGGUGAAAUCUGUGUAUUUGAUGUGAACAGCAGCAAUAAUGUGGUACAGUACAGCAGGAUGAUAUUCUGAACACAUGUCACACACACUUCACUCUCUUGAACUUUCUUCAUCUCUCAUUUAAUCAUGUCAUUCACCAGAAAAACUGUGCACUCUGUGAUAUCUAGACACAUAGUUAGAUGAAUAUUUCUUCUGGUCUGUAAAACCGAACAUGAAGACUUUGCGUGGGCUCUUUUCAGUCAUGUUUUGGCUUUAGUGAGGAGGAAAAGCUGCUUUACUUUAUUAAAGGGAUGCUGUGCAGUUUUGUACUGUAAUGUUGUGUGUGUGUGUGUGCGUGCGUGCGUGUGUGUGUGUCAAACCCAAUAAUUUACAGUAUGCCUUAUCUUUACACAAAUUAUAGAGUAAUAUUCACCAAAAUGAGAACUGGGUGACCGGUAGGUCAUUUCAAUACUGUGCUUUUAUUCCUCUGUAUUACAAAACUUUUGUGUCAAUAAAAGGAUGAAUUUAAU